CGCGCGUCCAGCGAAAGCCUCGCUUCUCCCCUCCCACUGAAGGGCAGGCAGCGCGCAUGAAGCUCGCCCGGGGGCAGAGAAGCGCCUCCGUCCCUUCUCCUCCUCUCGCCCCGUGAUCAAGGGCCAGCCAGGGCGGACCACGCUGCUGUGGCAGAGCCAGAGAAAGCGCCCCGCGAGAUCCACAGGUCUCCACUAUGGUGGUGCUCCAUUAUUACCAGCGGCCCAGCGAGACAGAGAGCGGUCUUGCCAGCCUCCUGUGCUCGGCCCGAGCUGCCUUGGGCGAGGAUGUCCAAGCUGUGCAGAAGGAAUUGUGCUUCAACGUCAACUGGACAGGGGCAACUCUUCCAAAUUCCCAGGAGACUGAGGUGCUGCAGUGGGUCUUUGGGUGCCCCUUUGAAUCUGGUGACGUUGCCCCCAAGUCCUUCCUUAGGCAGUCUCCUUCGGAUCUGCUGAUAGAGAUUGGCCCUCGGUUGAACUUCUCAACAGCAGCUUCCACUAAUGCUGUAUCGGUGUGCUGGGCAGCUGGUCUCAAAAAAAUUGACCGUAUUGAGUGUUCCCGCCGAUACCUCAUCAAGUGUGACCAGUGCCCAUCGCCCUCCCAGGAGGAGUCCCUGGUAUCCUUACUGUAUGACCGGAUGACUGAGCAGCGCUAUCCAGAACCCAUCAGUAGCUUCGCUGUAGCCACAGCCCCGGAGCCUGUGUUUCAUGUCGAUAUUCUAGGGGAAGGGAGAGCCGCGUUGGUGAAAGCCAACAACCAACUGGGUCUGGCCUUCGAUUCCUGGGAUUUGGACUUCUACACUGCCCUCUUCCAGAAACUUGGUCGAAACCCUACUAGCGUGGAGUGCUUUGACCUGGCUCAGUCAAACAGCGAGCACAGCCGCCACUGGUUCUUCAAAGGGCGCCUGGUGAUGGACGGGAAGGAGGUCAAGGAGUCGCUCUUUGAGUCCAUCAUGAAGACCCAGGAGCACAGCAACCCCAACAAUGUCGUCAAGUUCUGUGACAACAGCAGUGCAAUCCAGGGCAGGGAGAUCCUUUCGUUGUGGCCCAGAGAUCCAUCCCGCGCCAGCCCCUUUGAGAAGCGGACAUCCACCCGGCAUGUCAUUUUCACAGCAGAGACCCACAACUUUCCCACUGGAGUUGCUCCCUUCAGCGGUGCCACCACAGGGACAGGCGGGCGAAUCCGAGACGUGCAGUGUACGGGUCGUGGGGCCCACGUUAUUGCUGGAACGGCGGGGUACAGCUUCGGCAAUCUACACAUCCCAGAAUACCCAUUACCCUGGGAGGAUCCUGCCCUGCCAUAUCCUGGCAACUUCGCCCGGCCUGUGGAGGUGGCCAUUGGAGCCAGCGAUGGUGCUUCGGACUACGGCAACAAAUUUGGCGAACCUGUGCUUGCAGGGUUUGCACGUUCUUUUGGUCUGCGUCUGGCGGACGGUGAGCGCCACGAGUGGAUCAAGCCCAUCAUGUUCAGUGGUGGUAUUGGGGCCAUGGAGGAUGUGCAUGUGCGCAAGGAGCUCCCACAGCCUGGUAUGGAUGUGGUGAAAGUUGGAGGCCCCGUCUAUCGAAUUGGUGUUGGAGGAGGAGCUGCAUCCUCUAUCCAGGUGCAAGGUGACAAUGCCAGUGAGCUAGAUUUCGGGGCGGUGCAGCGGGGUGAUGCUGAGAUGGAGCAAAAGAUGAACCGGGUGUUACGAGGCUGUGUGGAGAGUGGAGAAGACAACCCCAUCUGCAGCUUGCAUGACCAGGGUGCUGGCGGAAAUGGAAACGUGCUGAAAGAGCUGAGUGAACCAGCUGGGGCCACUAUCUAUGCCAGCCGCUUCCAGCUCGGAGAUCCCACGCUGAGCGUUCUGGAGAUCUGGGGAGCAGAGUACCAAGAAUCGAACGCUCUCCUGCUACGCCCCCGCCAUGCUGCUUUCCUCCGCCGCCUGGCCCAGCGUGAGAGGUGCCCCGUUGACUUCGUGGGCAGGAUUACAGGCGACGGACGGAUCAUACUUGUCGAUGACACAAAAGCUCCGGUGAGUGACGCAGAGCUGGAGAAGGCUCCGGUGGGAGGAAGAGCCACCCCUGUGAACUUGAAGCUGGAGUGGGUCCUGGGCAAAAUGCCACGCAAGGAAUUUGUUUUGGAUCGAGUGACUCGGGCCCUACGACCUCUGGAUCUUCCCUGUGACCUUACUAUUGUGGAUGCUCUCCAGCGAGUGCUGAGGCUACCAUCUGUAGCUAGUAAACGUUACCUGACCAAUAAGGUUGAUCGUUCGGUGACGGGAUUGGUGGCGCAACAACAGUGUGUGGGUCCCCUGCACACCCCACUGGCGGACGUGGCAGUGGUAGCCCUCUCCCACUUUGAGACAGUAGGGGGAGCCACAGCCCUUGGAGAGCAGCCAAUCAAGGGGCUCAUCAGCCCAGCUGCUGGCGCCCGAUUGGCUGUGGCAGAGGCCCUCACCAAUCUGGUCUUUGCUCGGGUCACUGAUCUUAAGGAUGUGAAAUGCAGUGGGAACUGGAUGUGGGCUGCCAAGUUGCCAGGCGAGGGGGCGGCCUUGGCCGAGGCCUGCAGUGCCAUGUGUGCUGUGAUGGCUGAACUGGGCGUGGCUGUGGAUGGAGGCAAAGAUUCCCUCAGCAUGGCGGCCCGCGUUGGCAUGGAAACCGUCAAGGCACCUGGGACGCUUGUCAUCUCAGCCUACGCAGUCUGUCCAGAUAUCACUGCCACCGUUACCCCUGAUCUGAAAUGCCCCGAUGGGAAAGGGACCCUCCUUCAUGUGGUCAUCAGUCCAGAUCGGCAUCGUCUUGGAGGCAGUGCUCUGGCCCAGUGCUUCUCUCAGCUGGGGGAUGUUUCCCCAGACCUGGAUAGUCCCAGUACCCUGGUUUCUUGCUUCCGCGUCACCCAGGAUCUGCUGCGAGAUGCUGUGAUUUCUGCUGGGCACGACGUGAGUGACGGUGGCCUCUUGACUUGCAUGCUAGAGAUGGCCUUUGCUGGAAACUGUGGUGCCCACAUUGAGUUGACAGCACCCGGAGUCAAGGCUCUGGAUGUGCUCUUUGCUGAGGAGCUUGGGCUCGUGCUGGAGGUUCCCCGUGCAGCAGCAGUUGACAUCUGCCGACGAUACCAGGCGGCCGGAGUACGGUGUGUGCCCGUUGGGUAUUCAGGCCCCCGGGGCCCUAAUGCCAAGGUCCAGGUCACCGUGAAUGGCCAGGAGGUCCUGGCCGAGAAAGUGUCAGCUUUGCGUGGCUGGUGGGAAGCCACGAGCUUCCAGCUGGAGAGGCUGCAAGCGAACCCCGGAUGUGUGGCCCAAGAAGAGGCAGGACUGCAGAAGCGCACAGAACCCAGCUUCGUCCUGACCUUUAACCCCCAGGAAGAACUUCCCCUGCUACAGGAAAUGGCCAUUCCUGCCCCCCGCGUCGCCAUCCUUCGGGAGGAAGGGAGCAACGGAGACCGUGAAAUGGUGGCCGCUUUCCUCAUGGCUGGGUUCCAGGUCUGGGAUCUCACCAUGCAAGACCUGUGCUCGGGCGACAUGACCCUGGACUCCUUCCGAGGCCUAGUGUUUGUCGGAGGGUUUAGCUAUGCAGAUGUCUUGGGCUCUGCCAAAGGCUGGGCAGCUUCGGUGAUGUUUAACCCCAGAGCACGGGCUCAGUUUCAAGCAUUCCACCAGCGCAAAGACACCUUCAGCCUGGGAGUGUGCAACGGUUGCCAGUUGAUGGCGCUGCUAGGCUGGGUGGGGACUGAGAGCCCAAACCCCAAGGAUGUAGAUGGUGCCGUUGAACCAGGUGUGCUGUUGAGCCCCAAUAAUUCUGGACGCUUUGAGUCGCGUUUCGUGAGCCUGGGCAUUGAAGAGAGUCCAGCGCUGAUGCUCCGUGGUAUGGCUGGUUCCACCCUGGGUAUCUGGGUGGCACACGGAGAAGGUCGGAUGAGGUUCCGUUCAGUUGAAGUCUUGUCCCAGGUGCGGUCUGCCCGCCUGAUUCCCCUACGCUAUGUGGAUGACCAGGGUUUGCCAACCGAGGAGUAUCCUCUGAAUCCCAAUGGAUCCCCACUGGGCAUUGCAGGCAUCUGCUCUCCUGACGGACGUCACCUAGCAAUGAUGCCUCACCCUGAACGUUGUGUCUUGCCCUGGCAGUGGCCUUGGAUGUCGUCUACCUGGCGCCAGUCCGUGAAGGUCUCACCAUGGCUCCGCAUGUUCCAGAACGCCUGCGAGUGGUGUUUGCGCUAUCCCGAGGGCCAACCUUGACCUUGCUUCCCCACAUCUCCUCCUCAGCCCUAAUGGGUUCUGCCUUUAUAGCAUUGCCUUCUACACCCACUCACAAGCUGCUCUUUCCCACUAACUGCAAGCUGGGCUUGACCAGAUGAAACAUCACAGUUCCCAGUUCAUGGGCUGAAACGUCCAGUUCUGUUGCCUUAUACGCAGCAUGGGUUUCUCCCCAGCCUGCACAUGUUACUGAACUUACAAGUGUUUGAAUCAAUCAAGGAAGAAUUGAAGUGUAAUGCUUCCACUGACCAUAGGAGGGCGACAUUGUGCAUCAAGGAGUGAGUUUGGGCUGAUCUCAUUGUGGAACUGGUUGGGACCAAAGCAAUUUCCAACAUGCCAAUAAAUAAAUGGAAACUGAUUUUAGAAA